AUGUCUCGAUCCUCGAUCUCUUCUUCCAGAAACCCUCCCAUCCAGAUCGAUUCAAAGGAGAACUCUGUUGAACUAAUCAGCCUUAGGAAGAAGGUUGUGGAGUUGGAGUUUCUGCUUUCAAAGGAAAAGUCAGUUGUUGACAAGCUUGAGAAGAAGGUAACAAAGGAGAAGGAAGCUGUGAUGAUGCUUAAUAACAAAUUGGAAGCUUCGAUGCAGCAAAAUUCCAUGUUGAAAGUUUUGGUUGUGAUGAUUCUAUUGGUUGUUGCACUUUGGUGCUUUAAGUAG